AUGUCAACCCCGUCUGGUGAUUCCGAUCCAGACCUCCGAGACGUAUUCAAACUUCUCUACGCAGAUGAUGAAUGGGCGUUCGCCUCUGAUACUUCUGAUACAGAAGAGGAUCCAGGGGACAUUCAAGCUCAUCCACCUUUGAAUUCACUUAUACCCGAUAUCGAAGUUGAUCUUAUAGACUCCAGCUUGAGUAAAGAAGAGAACAUCGAUGAGAUCAAACUGGUGAAAGAGCGUUAUACGCGUAAAAGGUUUUUAGAAGCAUUAGAUUCGUUGAUAUCCUCUCCCUCCUCUCCAUCGAAGAAAUCAAGGAUAUAUACCCCACCUCCUAUCAAUCACCUCACUCCAUCGAUCAUCCUCUGUACUCAACCUAUCCCACAACUACCAUCAUCAGAAGAAUAUCUACCAUAUUCUCCACUUGGACUAUUAUCUAGAUUGAGGACAUAUCAGAUUCAUAGGUAUUCACCAUUACUUCCCACCCAUCUAUCACCUAUCAAAGCUUCUCUUCAUGGAUGGAAAAAUAGUGCUCGAAAUACAUUGCAUUGUGGGGUUUGUGGAAAUAGCUUGAAGUUGGAUGGGAUGGAUGAUAUAAGGGAUGAAAGAGUGAGGGAGGAAGUAUCUAAGAGGUUGAGUAAAGGGUUUGAACUGUCACAUAAGAAAGAUUGUGCAUGGAGAAUAAGGAGGUCUCCUGAUGAACUGUACGACCAACUGCGUAAUCUCCUCCAUCGAUUAAUUUCCUCCAACCUCUCCCCCUUAGCUCAACAUCUACAUUCCUCCAUACCGACUCUAUCUACUAUCCAAGUGAAAUCACCUUUAUCCCCAACUCAGGAAGAAUGUCUGAUACGGUCUAUGCGAUCUCAUCAAUCGCCCUCUGAACAGACGGACGGCAAUAUCAGUAAAGAAUCAAUUUUAUCAAGUCUAUUUGGAUGGUAUCCCUAUCAUCAGAACUCACUCCCAUCCGAUCAUAUAAAGGAAGAACAAGAAAACACGGAGAUUGUACAUUGUAGGAUAUGUCAGAGACGUAUCGGUCUGUGGGCAUUUGCUGCUGGAGAACAGGGUGAGAAGAAAGAGUUCGAUUUAGUUAAUGAACAUCUCAAUUGGUGUCCACUCAAUACCCAGCAGAAUCAGAAGACAUGGUGGGAAGAUUGUCCAUUGCUUAAGGAGAAGGUGCCCGUGGAAAGUGGAAUAACGAAAGAUUGGGUUAAAUUGAGUGAUAAGUUGGAAAAGAAACCUUGGCGCAGGUGA